GCACUGCCCUUCUUGGAGCAGCACUGGGAGAUGGGCCGCGUCCCACAGCCGCCUGAACCCCCGAGGCAGCCCUCAGUCACGGCAUUACUUCACCCCUCAGAUCUGCCUGACUGCUGGAGAGCUGCGACGCAACAAGUACAACCCAGAGAGGAACAGAAGGCCGCGUUUUUUCAAGUAUUCUCCGCUGCGAAGUGUGACUCAUUCUCAGCACAGCCGCUAUCGUAUCUGCCAUCGUCGCAACGACAGCAGCGCUUCCCCCCAGCGACGAGCGACAGCGGCCGGAGAACUCAGACCCGCUUCCUUCCUGGGAGACCGCUGGGUGCCGUCGUUUCCUCUGACAGCGCAGCGCUGUUUUCAGGCAGCCCCCACCCCGCGCUGCGCUCCAUCCCCCUGCCAUGAGCACGGCGGACUGAGCGCUGCCGAACCGCAGCACAUCGCACCGCCCGCCGCACACCGGGGGUUCCCCGCUCACCCCUCGCGGGCGGUGCCUCCCUGCGUCCGUCGCAGCCGCGCAGAGGCGGAAGCGGCAGCGCCGAGGCCGGGCGGCGGCGGCGGGAGGUGCUGAAGAUGGCAAGUAGCUCAGCUCCUUGGAUCGGUAGCGCUUACCUCUUCCUUCAGUCAACAUGCAAGACUAUCAUUCUGCCAAACCUCUAUGAAAGUGCCCAGAAGAAGCCCUGCGUGUUCAAGGCACUGAAGCUGGCAUUAGCAGACUCCACCGGCAGCGUGAAUGGUGUGGACAUGCUCAAAGUGCACUGCAGCCACCCACACCUGAUAGUCCAGCUCAAAUUCUGCAAGCAGGAGAACUGCCGCCGCUUCCUGCAGAGUUACCGGGAAGGAGAGCUCCAGAAGUCCCUCCAGAACCACCUCCAGCUCUCCUUGGCCAUGACCACGGUGCCUCUAGAAAUGGAGCUGAAGGCUGGCAAUGAGCACCUGGACAACAUGCUGAAGGAUGAGGAUCGCUGCCUGGAGUGCAUCUACAGAGAAAAGCCUGACCGCCUGCGGGACGAGGAGAUUACAGAGCUGGAAGAACGCCUCAAGAGCCUUAUUCUUCACCAGAACAUCAACAACAACAUGCCUUCCAAGGACUGCAUGUCACUGAACUCCCCAUCUCUACCUUCUCAAGGCAGCUCCCUUUCCCCACAGGUCACAUUUGUUUUUCAGGGACAGCAGUUUGACAACAGGACGCUCACAUCAGAUGACCACCAGAAAUUUGCCAAGCUUGUGUCCAAGAAGUGGAAGCAAGUGGGUCGCUCUUUGCAGAAGAACUGCCGGGCCCUGCGAGAUCCUGUCAUUGAUAACCUGGCCCAUGAAUAUGAUCGAGAGGGACUAUAUGAACAAGCCUAUCAGAUGCUUCUCCGAUUUAUCCAGUCAGAGGGGAAGAAGGCAACGAUAGCACGACUGAUUGCAGCCCUGGAAGAAAAUGGUCUCACCAGCUUGUCUGAGGAGCUCUUGGGCCUCCAUUCCAAUGAGAAUGACUCCUAGAGCCCAAAGGGUAGUGGCAUUGCUGAGGUCUUUCUUGCUUUAGCUGAUGUAUAAGACUGCUGCCAGCAUCUGGGAAUGUAAAGCCUUGAAAAUCACUGCAGGUUUAUGUGCUGAAGGGAGUGCCCUGGGCAGAUUUUCUGUGCUUCCAGAAGCCAACAUGGGGCUCUGAUGUUCCUUAUUUCUUUCUGUUUCCAGAAGUCAGUGUUACUUUCCUGUGAACCACUGAGAAAGGCUUUCAGCCUGACUUCCUUCAGAACUGAAAUGUCACAGAGAAGCAGCCAGGCAAGUUAACAAGUCCCAGGGGAAGGUGGGAAAAGGCAAAAAGCAAGGAAAGCAUCUCAGAGAAUUUUCUUGGGAAGCAAAGCCAGUAUUUCUCAGAUGUGGCCCAGGGCCAUCACCCAGAGAGAUGUAAUAUAUUUUCUUAUAUUGACAUUUAUGCCUUCAGGCACGAAACUAUGCAAAGACAAAGGAAAAGUCAUGUUUAGAUUGUUUUCUUUGUUUUUCAAAUUAGGACCAUCUGCGGCAAGUACACCUGUCCUACUCUACCCCAGAGUAGUUCUUCCCACAUCUCACCUCAUGAAUGUUCCCCUUUACGUAGGGCAGUAAUCAUCUUCCAUGGAGAACAAGAUUGCUGCUGUAGAACAGACUUCAGGCACUGAACAAACAGUGUGAAUAAGCACAAAAUGACUUCCAGCUCUUUCAGGACCAUGGCGAACAAUAAUAUAUUGACUGCCUCAUGUCUAGCAGUUCCCAUCAGCCUGGAGGAGUUUACAUCUGUGAGAAGGAAAACACAGUGCUGCAAGAAAAAUAUAUAGCCUUAGAGUCAGCAAGUUACGUAUAGGUAACUGAUUGGAACUGCUGCUGUAUGGUGCACUGCAGCAUCAAAUACCAGCCAGACCCUGCUGAGCAAGCCUCUCCAACCAGCUGGCUCCCAGUGCCUUUGCUCAACCUGUGCUUGGCCUGCUGAGUUCACCAGAGAGGGAUGCUCACUUGUGCAUCCUGAGUGUCAGGAUUUACACAGAGCCUUUCCAAUAACAGCAGUACUGUUGAUGCGUUACACUUGGGCAUCAGAUCCUGUGCCUGGACCUACCUACUGUGCUUUUGAGGGCAGAAUAUUGCUUACAAGAGGAAGUACCCAAAAUGGAGCAGAGCUUAUACCUUUACCUAUACCAAAGCACAGAGCAACAAGACUCUAGCAUGACACAGGUCCCAUAAAAAACAACCAGCUUUUACAUAUUCCUUAUUUUUUACUGUUAGGUUUUUACUUAGGCGUCUUUGUUAAUUCUCUCCCUCUUUGAACUCUGUUCCUGGGAAGGAACAGGCAGGUCUUGGAAGUUAUGUCAAACAGAGAGGGAAGAAUGUUUUCCAUGUCCUGUCCUCUCCCUUCCAGCAGUACCAGCUCUCUCCCCAAAAGAAAAUUAGUAUCUCUGCCAGGUUUCCUUUUGGGACCAGCACAGUGAUGCUGCAGUGGGACUGUACCUCAGAGCACUUAGUUUUCCCUGUCUGGGGAACUCUGUUUGGCAGCAGCCCACCUGGACAAUGGUAUUUAAAAAAAAAACAGAAACUUGAAAUUUACUGUAAGGGCAAUGGUGUUGACUCUUUAUUUUGCAACACAUGACUUUUCAGAAAACAUUAUCCAUGUAGUUAGUAUUUCUAACUAAGUUCUCAGCCUAUUCACGUGCUCAGUGUUCAUACAAUUACAAAGUAGUGGCCUGUUGGUGUAUAAAAGCUUUCAUGUCAUCUCUUAGUGCUCAAAAUGAGAGAGAUUCAUUCUUCAGCAUCAACUUCCAAGUACAAAAACUUUCUUAGCUGUUAUUACACAGCACUAAGCAUGAACGCUUUUAUUUUUCCUUUCCUUUUUUCUUUUUUAAAUGCAAACCUUGUGCAUUUUAUUCCUCUGCUAGCACUUGGCCUGCGUGUUUCCUCUUACUCACAGCUUCCCUCCCAAAAGUGCCAUUAAGUGCUGCAGCUUCUGGCUCCUUCUGUUCAGAAAGCAGCUAUACCAGUAGUCGCAUGUUAUGUGCUGUGCACAUUUGAUUCUGGUCUCAAGCAGACUCCUUCCUGCUAAAAGAGCUGGGGUUUUUCUAUAUCAUUUGGCACAAACGUAGGUAGAGGCAAUUUUCACUGAUGCUUUACGGUGAAAUAGACAAAUUACAGGAUGUGAGAACCAGGUGUCAUUUGCAUUGAAUUGACAUGUGGUCAGGGCAUGACUUUGGACUCGAGCCUGUUUUAUCCAGAAGAUUUUGUAGCUGUUUUGCACCAGCAUGCCAGGACAAGGGGUCUGAAAGCACACAGGAAGGAGCACUUGCAAACAAAAAACAUUAGCAGCGGCUUGUGGAAGGAAUUAGAGUCUUUACCUCUGAUAGCAACGUAGUGAGUGAAACCAGAGGAAAAGUUACAUGCUGGAAAGCAGGCACUCAGCAUUGGACACUGGCUUUCUUUCUGGGGCAAAGUUAUUGCACACUGCUCCUACUCAGGUGCCAAGACAUGCAGGUGACCCUCCCUUAGUACUACUCAGCUGACGUGUAGUGUGUGAGACAGGCUGAGGGCAGAGCUGCAGCUGAACUGGGCUACAUCCCAUGACAGCUCUUACUAAAGUGCAGAUACGCCUGAAGAAAAUACUGCAGGGGGAAGCAAUCAAACAUGCGUGAAACCAGCACGUGAUAUUAAAAGUAAAUGAAGAUAGUGAUCAAUUCUAUGUAAAAAAUAAAAUUAUAGACUAAAAAUAAACAGCAGAAACCAGUCCAAAACAUGUGCCCAGGGAGAGAUCCAACAGGGCUUUUGUUGUGGUGCAGACUGUUUCUGUGGUUUUAGCAGUGUUUCAGAUUCGAGGGAGGCUCCUUUCAUUCUGCCAGAAAGAACAAAAACGCAUCCAAAGGAGGAUUUGAGUGAGUUGUUUUGGCACACCAGAGUUAGAGCUGGGCAGCAAAAGGGAGUGGAAGUCAAAGUGUGCAGACUUUCACAUGAGGUUUGUCAGAAGGUAAACAGAGGGAACACUCAGGUGUAAAAACAGGCACCAAGGAAAGCAUUGGACUGCCCUGCAGGACAGCCAUGAAUUUUAACAUAAUGCUGAAAAAGACUGUACAUCAUCCCAGCUGAUUAAUUAAAACAGGGCAGGGAAGGUGCUUUCCACCAACUUUAGUUCUCACAAACUGCAGCUGCCUAUGGACGAGCUAAUGCACAAAGGACAGGGUUUUGGUGUUGGUGUUGGAAGCGUUGGAAAAUCACGAGCUAAAUGGAAAAGAAAAAAAUUAAAUGCACUCCCAGUUUUUCACAUCAAGUCAAAUUAAAAACAAAUGCUGAAUGAGCCCUUGCAGCAUCGCUUUCCAGGGCUCCACACACAGUUGCAGCAGCAGAUACAUGGAUUAUUUUUAAUGCAGAAUGGGAUGCUCAUAUCUGAGCACUAUGGGUUACAGGACUUCAGGUGAGCCUCCAACUAAAAUGGUUUGCUGAAGUUUUGUAGGAAGUCUCAGUAUUGUAUCUGCUUCACAACAUGGGGGAAACGGCAGCAGAAAAUAAUGUCCUCUGCACUGCCAUCAAGAUCUGGACAACAUUGAGGCUGAGGAAACCACCUGCUUGGGGAAGUCAGAGGUGCCUGGGGAGGAAGCUGCUCCGGCAAAAGGUCUUCUCAUCAUGUGAAGAAACUGUUCUUUUCCCUUCUUGGCAUUCAGUGAACAAUCUGCUUCAGCACUGAGAUGUCCUGCAGCCAGGGCCAGCUCUUCCUUUCCAGAGAUACCUCAGAGCAGGAGCCUAAUGUGGCACUCAAGGCACUGAGGGACCCCAAACUCACUUGUUUAGUCUGACUGAAUCUUCAUAUGUACCUAUGAACCUCUGGCAUUGCACCUCUGAAUCCAAGGCAGUACUGGAAAUGGGAAGGAGAGGGUUUCUUCAGUCUGACCCACACACUGGGGCAGAUGAGUGGUGUUGGUGAGGUGCUCUGUUUCCCAGGGCCUUGGCUGGCCAUUUGGCUUUUGCACAGUAAUGGGCCCAACUGGUGAGGCAAUUUUUAUGGCCUGAAGUAAAAAAAAUUACACCAAGAAAUAAAUUCUUCUCUGGAUUUCACUGGGAUUGCACUUUUAAAGGGGUUAAAAGUUUGAAGUUUGAAGGAGUUUGGCCAGAGAUUUCUAAUUGAAAUCAGUUGAAGAUCUGUGGUCAGGUCCCUUAGUCAUCAGUGGAAAAAUCCCUUGCUGACCUUCUACUUCCAAAUUUCCACAAUAUGCAGCAUCAGAUUGGGAUCAGCAUCUGCAGCUGUGGGCUGCAAAGCCACGCAUACUCAGGUCUGGGACAUUCAGUCUCUGUGGUACUCUCUUCUGUAGGGAAAAAAAAAAAAAAAAAA